GUGCAAUCAAGCAACGGGACUGGGCCAAGGGCGCUUUCGUUCAACCACCACAUUCUAGCCGAAGUUCACAGCAACCUGCUGCUGGCCAACUGACACAAUGGCUGGCGCGAAGAAGAACUUCAAAGCUACUAAGAAAUUCGAGCAGAAACACCUGAAAAAUGUUCUGGAAAAGCGGAAAGCCGGCGCCAAGAUAAAACAAAGGCAUCUCGCCAAGACACAGAAGCAAACCCGAAAGGCAGCAGAUGCUGAGUUUCAUAAAGGCCCUGAGGAUGCCGAAAAGGCCGCCCGGGCAAAGGCGUCCAAAACCGCCAAUGUGAACGAGAUGAGCGUUGAUGACUUUUUUGGUGGAGGGUUUGAGAUUGUCGACAAAGCGCCGAAAGCCAGCAAAUCAUCCAAGAAGCUGGGAAAACGCAAGAGGGACGAGCCACAACCUACGCUUGACGACGACGACGAUGACGACGAUGACGCGAGCGACGAUCUCGAAAUCUCUGAUGCCGAACAGCCCGUUGCCAGCGAUGAUGACGGUGAAGAAGACGAUACCCAGCUCGAAGAUGGAGAACUUGGAAUGAGCAAAGAUGCGAUGGAAGCUCUUGCUAAGGAUGAUCCCGACUUCUACAAAUUCUUGAAAGAGAACGACCCCGAUGCCCUGGACUUCGAUGAUGCAGACCUCGCCGAAGUUGAUGAAUUGAGCGCAAGUGAAGAAGAGGACUCGCCCAGGAAGAAGCGGAAGAAGUCUACACAGCCCAAUGAUGCAGAGCUUCUUUCGGCCGACAAUGAGCUUACGCAAGAGAUGGUUGCGCGCUGGAAAACAUCUCUGACAGAAAACCACUCCCUCAAAGCCGCGAGACAAGUGGUCUUGGCUUUCCGAUCGGCAGCUCACCUCAAUGAAGAUGAUGAGGAUCAGGAGAAGGCACUGCCCUACACGAUUUCAAGUCCCGAAGUUUUCCAUGAUGUUCUUAUUGUCGCCUUGAAACAAAUACCUGAAGUUCUACAGCAUCAUAUUCCUGUUAAGGAAUCAUCUUCGGGCAAAGUUUAUGUGCCAACAGAAUCAAAGAAGUUCAAGCCAUUAUCAAUGUUGCUACGAAGCUUUACAUCUUCCAUUCUUCACAUGCUCCCCACGUUAUCCGACGACGCCACCCUUAAACUUACCCUUUCGGCUUUAACCCCUAUCGUCCCCUACCUGUUGUCUUUCCGGAAGCUGUUGAAAAAUCUUAUCAAGACUGUUGUUGGCUUUUGGUCUCAAAACAUUAGUAGUGACACUACUAGGAUUACGGCAUUCCUUGUUCUCCGCCGUCUUGUAGUGAUCGGGGAUAAAGGCAUUCGGGAAGCAGUCCUCAAAGCGACGUACCAAGGCUUAAUUGCUGGGUCGCGUGUAACAAAUGCCAACACAAUUCAAGGAAUCAAUCUGAUGAAGAACUCGGCUGCUGAGCUAUGGGGUCUCGAUCAAAGCAUCGGCUACACGACAGCCUAUAAUUUUAUCAGGCAACUAGCCAUUCAUCUCAGAAACAGUAUUGUUCACAACCAAAACGAUUCGUACAGGCAUGUAUACAACUGGCAGUACGUUCACUCCCUGGACUUCUGGUCCUGCGUCCUUUCGGAACACUGUAAUUCUCUCAGGGAAGCUGAAGUCGGCAAAGAGUCCCAGCUUCGACUUCUAAUAUACCCUCUUGUCCAAGUUACCCUUGGCGCUACACGGCUCAUCCCCACAGCUACUUAUUUCCCUUUGCGCUUCCAUAUGAUACGGUCUCUUUUGAGGAUAUCCAGAUCGACCGGUACCUAUAUACCCCUUGCCUCAGUCCUUUUGGAAGUACUCAACUCGGCAGAGAUGAGAAGAUCCCCAAAGCAGGCUACACUAAAGGCUCUUGACUUCCAUGUCGCCUAUAAAACACCGAAAGCAUACUUACGCACACGCGUGUAUCAAGACGGCGUAGGCGAGCAAAUCGUUGACCUCUUUGCCGAGUACUUUGUGCUGUGGUCGACAAACAUCGCGUUCCCCGAGUUUGCGCUGCCCGUUGUUAUCAUGUUGAAGCGCUGGCUCAAACAAUCGAGAAAAAAGGCAUCGGGAAAUAAUAAUGGCAAACUGCGCUCUGGCCUUGUUUUACUUGUUCAAAAAUUAGAAGCCAACGCCAAGUUUAUUGAGGGCAAGCGGGCCAAGGUAGACUUCGCACCACGUGACCGGACGCAGGUCGAUGCUUUCUUGAAAGACUUCCCAUGGGAGAAGACACCCGUAGGUGCCUAUGUGGUAGCUCAAAGGAAAGCGGGUGCGGAGAAAGCAAAGAUGAUGGAGGAGGCAAGAAAGGAAGACGAGCGUAAGAGGAAGGAGGAGGAGCAAGCUGCUCUAGAAGAAAAUGUUGCCGAAAUAGAGAGUGACGAGGAAGACGAAGAAAUGGAAGACUUGGAUGAUGAAGAUGAGGACGAGGAUUCAUCUGAGGAAGAAGAUGAGUAAAUCUAGGGCUUUAGAUGAACAAGCAACACUA